UCCACCCUGCGGAGGACAAGAUGAGCAGCCAUGGCAACAGCUUGUUCUUGCGGGAGAGCGGCCCCCGGCUGGGUCGGGCGGGCUGGCUUGGGCGGCUGCGGGAGCGCCUGCGGCAGAGAGCGCUGCGCACACGCCUGCAGCUGCAGACCCUGACGCGCGAGCACGUGCUGCGCUUCCUGCGCCGGAAUGCCUUCAUCCUGCUAACCAUCAGCGCCGUGAUCAUUGGGGUGGGCCUGGCAUUUGCCUUGCGUCCGUACCAGCUCACCUACCGCCAGAUCAAGUAUUUCUCGUUCCCCGGAGAGCUGCUCAUGAGGAUGCUACAGAUGCUGGUAUUGCCGCUCAUCAUCUCCAGCCUGGUCACAGGGAUGGCCUCGCUGGACAACAAGGCCACGGGCAGGAUGGGCAUGCGGGCAGCUGUGUAUUACAUGGUCACCACCAUCAUCGCCGUCUUCAUCGGCAUCCUCAUGGUAACCAUCAUCCACCCGGGGAAGGGCUCCAAGGAGGGGCUGCAUCGCGAGGGCCGCAUCGAGACCAUCCCCACGGCCGAUGCCUUCAUGGACCUGGUCAGAAACAUGUUCCCACCCAACCUGGUGGAAGCCUGCUUCAAACAGUUCAAGACGCAGUACAGUACCAGGGUGGUCACCAGGACUGUGGUGAGGACGGACAACGGUUCUGAGCUGGGCACCUCCAUGCCUUCGCCAUCCUCGGGGGAGAAUGGAACUGGCUUCCUGGAGAAUAUCACCAGGGCCUUGGGCUCACUGCAAGAGGUGUUGAGCUUUGAGGAGACAGUGCCCGUGCCUGGCUCCGCCAAUGGCAUCAACGCCCUGGGCCUCGUGGUCUUCUCGGUGGCCUUCGGAUUGGUCAUCGGGGGCAUGAAACACAAGGGUCGCGUCCUGAGAGAUUUCUUCGACAGCCUCAACGAGGCUGUUAUGAGGCUGGUGGGCAUCAUCAUUUGGUACGCACCGGUGGGCAUCCUCUUCCUGAUUGCCGGGAAGAUUCUGGAAAUGGAAGACAUGGCUGUGCUCGGGGGCCAGCUGGGCAUGUACACGCUGACCGUCAUCGUGGGCUUGCUCCUGCACGCUGGUGGCGUCUUGCCCCUCAUCUACUUUCUUGUCACCCACCGGAACCCUUUUCCCUUCAUCGGUGGUGUCCUGCAGGCCCUCAUCACUGCCAUGGGCACGUCGUCCAGCUCUGCGACCCUGCCCAUUACCUUCCGCUGCCUGGAGGAGGGCCUGGGUGUGGACCGUCGCAUCACCAGGUUCGUGCUGCCCGUGGGGGCCACCGUUAACAUGGAUGGUACUGCCCUCUACGAGGCCCUGGCCGCCAUCUUCAUUGCUCAGGUCAACAACUACGAGCUCAACCUGGGCCAGAUUACCACCAUCAGUAUCACCGCCACCGCGGCCAGCGUUGGGGCUGCUGGCAUUCCCCAGGCGGGUCUGGUCACCAUGGUGAUCGUCCUGACGUCUGUCGGCUUGCCCACGGAAGACAUUACGCUGAUCAUUGCUGUGGACUGGUUCCUGGACCGGCUUCGUACCAUGACCAACGUGCUGGGAGACUCGAUCGGUGCUGCGGUCAUAGAGCAUCUGUCGCAACGGGAGCUCGACCUGCAGGAGGCGGAACUGACCCUCCCCAGCCUGGGAAAGCCCUACAAAUCCCUCAUGGCGCACGAGAAGGGGGCAUCCAGGGGCCGGGGUGGUAAUGAGAGCGCUAUGUGAG